ACGCGGGGGAGGGUGGGACAGGCAUGAGAGCUCGAGAACAAUCUACUUGGGAUGGGGAACCCCCCUCUCGCCACACACGAAGUCUAUUUCGUCGUCUUCUCUCUUUGUUUUUUGUUUCUUCGUUUUUUUAAUUUUAUUUUUUUUUAUUUUGUGUUUCCCUCAUUCAUCAAACAAAACUGCUGGGUAAGUUGUGUUGUGUGCUGAGUGGAUCGUUUUGUCUGUUUGUUGCUUGGCUGGUCAUAAUAUUAUUGUCUUGCUGCUGAGCGGCAAUCGAAACAAAAAGACAACCUACGGUAGAAGAUCACCAACAACUCACCAAGUCGGCCGGCUUGAGGUUGGACUUUGUUCACCAUCAUUUAUACCGUGGUGUCUUUUUAUCAACUGUUCGCAACACGUUGGCAGCAAAAACAACAGACAAGAUGAGGUGGAGUAACAAGCGCUCUGUCAUUGGGGACCUCGAAGGCUGCGAAGUCGUCCGCGUCCUCGUGGGCGAGGAACAACGCGAAUUCACCCUCCACCGCAAGCUCCUCUGCGACAGCUGCACCUUUUUCAGAACCAACAUCGAGGCCAUCCCCCCCCCCCCUCCCCUUCCAGCGCCUCCAGUUCAGAACAAGAUGAAGAAGACUCAGUCCUACAUGUUCGAAAUCUUCGUCCUCUGGCUCUACCAACGCCGCCGUUUCCACACCUUCAUGGACGACGUGAUCCGCACCAUCUCGCCCGACGAAUGCCGCGCCGUCCGCACCAACCUCGUCCGCCUCCACCUCUUCGCCGCGAUAAUCGACCUCCCCGGCCUCCAAGACCUAGCCAUGGACGCCCUGCAGGACAUGUACCUCCGUUUCGACUGGGACAUGUCCCCCCGCUUCUUGGCGUUCAUCUACGGCGACUGCGACCCCGAACAUGCGGUCAGGCUCAGAAAAUGGGGAGUGGCAAUGCUAGCCUGGACGCUCCACGGCGCGGAGAAGGCGUUCCUGUUAAACAACCAGAUCGACAAGCUGUUUGCUGCUUUCCCGCAGCUAAAGGCGGAUUAUCAGCUUCAUUUGGAAAAGAUGCAGCAGAGCAGGGCGGACGUGAGGUUGAAGAACCCGCAGUUGCGGCUGCCGGCCAACAAACUGAGGAGCGGGGAGAGGUUCUUUGGGUUUAGGCAGUGCACGUUUCAUAGUCACCGGGCGAUUGUGGGGGAGGGGACCUGUCCUCACACGUUGGAGAUGCAGAGGAGGCCGGAGGGGAGGCAGUCGGCUACUUGGUUUGGGAGGAGGGAGAGUCAGUAUCAUCGGGAUGUGGGGAGUCUUGGCCGUGCCGGUGGCGGUGGGGAGGGGAGGAAGGGUGGGGAUGAGGGGAUGGGGAUGGGGAGUGAUGAGGAGAGUGAUGAUGAUGAUAAUAUCAUCAGUCCGGUGGGGGAUUUGGAUUUGAAUGAGAUGUCUUAUUUGGAUUUGUCAUGA